AGGGCUGGUGCUGCGGAGCUUGGGGUCCUGGCUGGGAAGUGACCAGAUUGGUCGAGAAGCGGGGGCACCUGGGCUAGCAUCUGUCCAGCCAGGGAGAGGGUGAGUGUGAGAGGGCCCCGGGGGUGCAUAGGGCCCCACUGGGGACACCAUGAGCUGAGCGGAUGCCCGUCGCGGGAGGCCCCUUCCUGCUUCCUGGGGGGACUAUGCUGGCACAGGGCCCCCAGAGGAGGCUGCUGGGCAUCCUCAACUCCACCUCCCCAGCCACCCCCCACCUCGGGCUGGCCCCCAACCAGACGGGCACCUGGUGCCUGGAGGUGUCCAUUCCCAACGGGCUCUUCCUCAGCCUGGGGCUGGUCAGCCUGGUGGAGAACGUGCUGGUGGUGGCCGCCAUCUCCAAGAACCGCAACCUGCACUCGCCCAUGUACUUCUUCAUCUGCUGCCUGGCCGUAUCGGACCUGCUGGUGAGCGUGAGCAACGUGCUGGGCACAGCCGUUGUGCUGCUGCUGGAGGCGGGCGCGCUGGCUGCCCAGGCCACCGCGGUGCAGCAGCUGGAUGAUGUCCUGGACGUGUUCAUCUGUGGCUCCAUGGUGUCCAGCCUCUGCUUCCUGGCCGCCAUCGCCGUGGACCGGUACAUCUCCAUCUUCUACGCGCUGCGCUACCACAGCAUCGUGACGCUGCCCCGGGUGUGGCGGGCCAUCGCGGGCAUCUGGGUGGCCAGCGUCGUCUCCAGCACCCUCUUCAUCGCCUACUACGACCACACGGCCGUCCUGCUCUGUCUGGUCAGCUUCUUUGUGGCCCUGCUGGUGCUCAUGGCGGUGCUGUACGUCCGCAUGCUGGUGCAGGCGUGCCAGCACACCCGCGGCAUCGCCCGGCUGCACAAGAGGCAGCGCCCUGCCCCCCAGGGCUUCGGCCUCAAAGGGGCUGCCACUCUCACCACCCUGCUGGGCAUCUUCUUCCUCUGCUGGGGCCCCUUCUUCCUGCACCUCUUGCUCAUCGUCCUCUGUCCUCAACACCCCACCUGCCACUGCAUCUUCAGAAACUUCAACCUCUUCCUGGCCCUUAUCAUCUGCAACACCAUCGUGGACCCGCUCAUCUAUGCCUUCCGGAGCCCGGAGCUCCGGAAGACGCUGCAAGAGGUGCUGCAGUGCUCCUGGUGGCGCGGCGGGCGGGGCCCGGCCUAUAAGAGCGGCGGGCGAGCCGCCCGGCCCGUCAGCUUCCCGCAGUCGCCUGCCGCCGCCAUGAGGGAGAUCGUGCACAUCCAGGCCGGCCAGUGCGGCAACCAGAUCGGGGCCAAGUUCUGGGAGGUCAUCAGCGAUGAGCACGGAAUAGACCCCAGUGGCAACUAUGUGGGGGACUCGGACCUGCAGUUGGAGCGCAUCAGCGUCUACUACAACGAGGCCUCCUCUCACAAAUAUGUGCCUCGGGCCAUCCUCGUGGACCUGGAGCCCGGAACCAUGGACAGCGUCCGGUCUGGGGCCUUCGGGCACCUCUUCAGGCCUGACAACUUCAUCUUCGGUCAGAGCGGGGCCGGCAACAACUGGGCCAAGGGUCACUACACGGAGGGCGCCGAGCUGGUGGACUCCGUCCUGGACGUGGUGCGGAAGGAGUGUGAGAACUGCGACUGCCUGCAGGGCUUCCAGCUGACCCACUCGCUGGGCGGGGGCACGGGGUCCGGGAUGGGCACGCUGCUCAUCAGCAAGGUGCGGGAGGAGUACCCCGACCGCAUCAUGAACACCUUCAGCGUGGUGCCCUCGCCCAAGGUGUCGGACACGGUGGUGGAGCCCUACAACGCCACGCUGUCCAUCCACCAGCUGGUGGAGAACACGGACGAGACCUACUGCAUCGACAACGAGGCCCUCUACGACAUCUGCUUCCGCACCCUCAAGCUGGCCACGCCCACCUACGGGGACCUCAACCACCUGGUGUCGGCCACCAUGAGUGGGGUCACCACUUCCCUCCGCUUCCCCGGCCAGCUGAACGCCGACCUGCGCAAGCUGGCCGUGAACAUGGUGCCCUUCCCCCGCCUGCACUUCUUCAUGCCCGGCUUCGCCCCCCUCACCGCCCGGGGCAGCCAGCAGUACCGGGCCCUGACGGUGCCCGAGCUCACCCAGCAGAUGUUCGACGCCAAGAACAUGAUGGCCGCCUGCGACCCCCGCCACGGCCGCUACCUGACGGUGGCCGCGAUCUUCCGCGGCCGCAUGUCCAUGAAGGAGGUGGACGAGCAGAUGCUGGCCAUUCAGAGCAAGAACAGCAGCUACUUCGUGGAGUGGAUCCCCAACAACGUGAAGGUGGCCGUGUGCGACAUCCCGCCCCGGGGGCUCAAGAUGUCCUCCACCUUCAUCGGCAACAGCACGGCCAUCCAGGAGCUGUUCAAGCGCAUCUCCGAGCAGUUCACGGCCAUGUUCCGGCGCAAGGCCUUCCUGCACUGGUACACGGGCGAGGGCAUGGACGAGAUGGAGUUCACCGAGGCCGAGAGCAACAUGAACGACCUGGUGUCCGAGUACCAGCAGUACCAGGACGCCACGGCCGAGGAGGAGGGGGAGAUGUAUGAAGACGAUGAGGAGGAGUCAGAGGCCCAGGGCCCCAAGUGAGGCAGCUGGGGACCGGGGCCAAGAGGCUGUCCCCAGAGCCACACAGUCGCUGACGCCGCCCCAGCCUCGCCCCCAGCACAUCACCCUAGGCCCCCGAGUGUCUGUCCUUCGUAUUUGCAGCACUCCGUUCUGUCUUCCCUCCAUAGGUCCUUCCCAUUUUUGUGUUUCGUUUGUCUCUGCUUUGUCAGCUCUGGGUCUGACGUCUCAUGUGUGUUUUUUUUAACUUGUUUGUGUUCAUAUUUGGGGGGAUACUUAAUAAAUUUAUUGCUGUCAGAUUCCC